GUGCCGCUCGCACAACUUCGCCGGCUUCGAGCAUCCUCCCGCCGGGGGCUCGGGGGGGCUCGGUCCCCCGCUCCUGCCUCUUCGCGUCCGCCUUUUUGGAAGAAGCGAGGGGUGGCCGAGGUGCUGUUCCUCCGUCGGCUUUCUAACCGCUACUGUUAUUAUUCUCCUCCAGACUUUCCCCUUCUGGGGGAGGGAGGUGGUUUCCUGAUCUGAAGUGCAAAGAAAAGUCAGUGGGAUUCCCCUCCUUCCUUCUCCCCCCACCCACCCCCCCCAUCCCCGGUUUGGGUGCAUUCACACGCUCCCUCAGGCAUGAUGCUCAAGAUGCUGCCGUUUAAGCUGCUGCUGGUGGCCGUGGUUCUGUGCUUCUUCGAGGGGGAUGCCAAGUUUGGGGAGAGCGGCGCCCGGAGGAGAAGGUGCCUCAACGGGACCCCGCCGCGGCGGCUGAAGAAGCGGGACCGGCGGGUGCUGUCCCCGGAGGCCCCGGGCGGCGGGGAGGCGAUGUGCCGCGGCCUCUACCCACGCCUGUCCUGCUGCUCCCGCUCCGAGCCGCAGGGGCUGCCGCACGCCGAGGCGAAGAUACUUUCUGUUACCAACAACACAGAAUGUGCGAAGCUACUGGAGGAAAUCAAAUGUGCACACUGCUCACCUCACGCUCAGAACCUAUUCCACUCACCUGAGAAAGGGGAAACAGCUGAAAGAGAACUAACUCUUCCCUACCUGUGCAGAGACUAUUGUAAAGAAUUCUAUUAUACUUGCAGAGGUCACAUACCAGGUUUUCUCCAAACUACAGCUGAUGAGUUUUGCUAUUACUAUGCAAGAAAAGAUGGUGGUGUGUGCUUUCCAGAUUUUCCAAGAAAACAAGUGCGAGGGCCAGCCUCUAACUCCCUGGACCACAUGGAAGAAUAUGACAAAGAGGAAGAGAUCAACAGAAAACACAAGCACAACUGCUUCUGUAUUCAGGAAGUUGUGAGUGGACUAAGGCAGCCUGUUGGAGCAGUACAUUGUGGGGAUGGAUCCCAUCGCCUCUUCAUUCUUGAGAAAGAAGGAUAUGUGAAGAUUUUCACUCCCGAAGGAGACAUACUCAAGGAACCUUUUUUGGAUAUACACAAGCUUGUUCAAAGUGGAAUAAAGGGAGGAGAUGAAAGAGGACUGUUAAGCCUUGCAUUCCAUCCCAAUUACAAGAAAAAUGGAAAGCUGUAUGUGUCUUAUACCACCAACCAAGAACGGUGGGCUAUUGGACCUCAUGACCACAUCCUUAGGGUCGUAGAAUACACAGUAUCCAGGAAAAAUCCACACCAAGUUGAUAUGAGGACAGCAAGAGUGUUUUUAGAAGUAGCAGAACUACAUCGAAAACAUCUAGGAGGACAGCUUCUGUUUGGCCCAGAUGGUUUCCUAUACAUUUUUCUUGGAGAUGGCAUGAUCACUCUAGAUGACAUGGAAGAGAUGGAUGGUUUAAGUGAUUUUACAGGCUCUGUAUUGCGCCUUGAUGUAAAUACUGACCUGUGCAAUGUCCCUUAUUCCAUACCCCGGAGCAACCCACAUUUCAAUAGCACAAACCAACCUCCUGAGAUUUUUGCACAUGGACUUCACAAUCCAGGCCGGUGUGCUGUGGACCGCCAUCCAACUGAUGUAAACAUCAAUUUAACUAUACUUUGCUCAGAUUCAAAUGGAAAGAACAGAUCUUCAGCAAGAAUCUUACAAAUAAUAAAGGGCAAAGACUAUGAAAGCGAGCCUUCACUUUUAGAAUUCAAACCGUUCAGCAGCGGAUCCCUGGUUGGUGGAUUUGUCUAUCGAGGCUGCCAGUCUGAAAGACUCUACGGAAGUUACGUAUUUGGAGACCGCAAUGGAAAUUUUUUAACACUGCAACAGAGUCCUGCAACCAAACAGUGGCAAGAGAAACCCCUCUGUCUUGGCAACACUGGCUCGUGUAGAGGUUUCUUUUCAGGUCCUGUCUUGGGAUUUGGUGAAGAUGAAUUAGGUGAGAUUUACAUAUUAUCAAGCAGUAAAAGUAUGACACAGCCUCACAGCGGAAAACUCUACAAGAUUGUUGACCCAAAGAGGCCUUUAGUCCCUGAAGAAUGCAAAAGAACGGCUCAGCCUGCACAGAUACUGACAUCUGAAUGCUCAAGGCAUUGUCGGAAUGGGCACUGCACUCCCACAGGAAAAUGCUGCUGUAAUCAAGGCUGGGAAGGAGACUUCUGCAGAACUGCAAAAUGUGACCCAGCCUGUCGACAUGGAGGUGUCUGUGUAAGGCCUAAUAAAUGCUUAUGUAAAAAAGGCUAUCUCGGCCCCCAGUGUGAACAAGUGGAUAGAAGCAUCCGAAGAGUGACAAGGGCAGGUAUUCUUGAUCAGAUCCUAGACAUGACAUCCUAUUUGCUGGAUCUAACCAGCUAUAUUGUAUAGUUCCUGGGACUGUUUGGAAACUACACUCUCAACGGGCAUUUGUUUUGAAUCCUGUCAUUUUUAAAAGACUCUUUAUCCUGCAGCAAAUACCGGUGAUUUGAGUUACUUUAUUAAUUUAAGUAUAAUAUCCACAAAUGUGCAGAAAAAUUCCUCGUAUGUGUGUAAAUAUUCCUGUACGUCUCCACAGACGUCCCGAUAUCCAAUAUGUGCACACAUACCCAUGCACACGCGCUAUCACAAAUACGGUUUUGCAGAGAGUGGAAUCUUUUUUAAUAUUUAUUUCUUCAUGAGAAAUAGUUUACAAAGUAAUUCCACUGUAAAACACAUUUUCGUCACAGGACUUCCAUGAUGUCUUAAUGGAUUCUUUGAUAUCCCAGCAAUCUCGUGUCUGUUCUUAUCUGAUUAGAGCGGUGAGGAAGCAGUUUUCAAACAUCGCUGUAUAAACUGCUGGACUUAAUAAAAUCCAGUUGUAACAGUUUCUAAGGUGAACUGAACUACAUCAUGAGACAAUAUUUCAGAACUGCUUAAUGCAUUCCUAUCUAGGCAAUUCAUUGUAAGACUGUAACCUUCACUUUCAUCAAUGUAACUCUAUUACAGAAUGUUACGCAUUUCUUUAUCUAGCAUAGAUGCAAAAAUCUGGUUAUCGCAGCUUAAUAUCAAGAUUGUUUCAAGUGUUUAAUAAUUAAAUUAUAUUCGCAUAUUUCAAAACCAGUCAUCCUAGAAGGUCUGCUUUUUAUCAUAUAUUUUAUUUAACGGUGGGCACUGGGUUCAUGUUACAUAUUUAUAUUAUUUUAUUUUAUUUUUAUAAUAUAGACAUCACCUAGAUGAGACAGCUUUACCAUGUCCUGUAAAAUACUAAAGUUGCAUUUUUCACCAACUUAAUUGGAAAGAUGGGGAAAGAGAGAGCAGACACACACACUUUAAUGUGCUGUGGAUCUAAUCUAGAAAUGUAUCCUUGUGUCAACUUGUGUUCAUUUAUGACGGAUGAGAAAAAAAACAACCGCCAACCAAUCACAAUAAAAUUUCAGCAUGUGUUAAAAGUGUCCAUAAAGUGGUUUUCACUGUAACAGGACAGUGUAAGAGGUUAUGCAAGCAGGCUGCUGCCAGUGUCACACUGAACAGAACGUCCCUGGACGGGAGCUCACACGAGCACGUGUUGCCCGUGCACGGUGUCACUUGUACAAAUCCGUAUAGUGAUUCUUGCCAAAUGUGGUUCUAAAUGUAAAUGUUCCUUCAAGAGCUAACACAAAACCGAGUCUUUGUAAAUGUAUCAAUAAAUAUGGUGUACAUGCUAUAGUCAGGUUUUCUAAGGUAUUAAGAGUCUAAUUACAUGUAUAUGCAGAACUGGUGCCCUCUUAUCUCCAGCUCUAGAGUAUUAUUGGCGGUUUCUUUGCUCACUACUUACCAUUUAUCAGGUUUCCUUUGCACUAUCUGGCUUUUAUAAAAUCUUGCCUGAGAAAAGAAAACGAAGUAGCCACAGUGUGCACAUCCUGUGGUCCUUAUAAGCAGCUGCUCAUGCAUCAACAAUUGACAACACUUUAGUCAAUGAGAUCUAAAAGACUGUAGCCAUAUUACUCUCCAGUAGCAAAAUUACCUCUCCAGGGCAGCAACAUGCAACAAAUUUUCCUUUAUAGAAAUUUUUCAGUCUUUAUUUAGUAGGUAUUAAAUCUGAAAUUACAGAGCGACUGAUACUUGCAUUUCUGUGUCUUACACAUUCCAGCUCCGAGGAACAGAAAAUUACAUUUGCCUUCCAUAUAUGUUUGCCUGGGUUUCAAGUGACCUCAUGCCACAUGGAAAUUGGUUGAGAAAUCUUGGUUAAGUGCUCAGAGAACAAUGGUCUGCAUUAAAAAGUGCAUGCAUAAUUUUGCACAAUGUAGAUUCAACUGACAGUCCAUUGAAAGACAUCUUGGGAUUAAAUGAGCAUGAAGACCAAAUUGCCCUCUCACCCCAGAAAAGGGUGGUCCCUUAUAGUCACACGAACACUUCAUUGGCUAAGCAGUGUGACCAAUCUUAAAAUGAACCCUGUGGUAGCAUCUGUAGGUUAAUAGCAGCUCUUUGUCUCCGCUGCUUUCUGCCUUUAGUCUUUUCCCUGAAUUCCAUCACAAAAAGUUUUACAAUUAAAAAAUGUCCUGACAACCAUUUUUGUAAAUUGACCUUAGCAUCUAAUCUUUCCUUAUUCAACGUGGGUGACAAAAAUGUGAACUUCUCCUGAAUGAGCCAGCUGUCUAAAUCUGUCACAUAGCGCGGUUUUAUUACACUCUUCAUAAUCAGCAAAGCAAGAAAGUCGCUGAAGUAUUUUAGCAACGUUUAAAUAUCUGACAGAGAUAACAUCUUUAACACUUUCUUCAAUGAAAUAUAUUUAAAAAUAAACCCAACUUUAAUUCCACUGUGACACAUUAUUUUCAACAACCAGCUGGGGAGAUGUGAUAGUUCUUUUCUCACUGCUUAGUUCCUUAAAAAAAUACCACAGAUGGCACCUAAAUUGAAGACUCACAAUAAUAUAUAUGCCACAGUCAUGCAGAGAAGGGAUAACAAUGAUCUUAGAGUUUUGAUGUUAAUAAUAGAGACAAUUUAGUUUACUAGUGAAAUCAGAAAAUAAAACUCCAGUAAGAGCUAAGAAUUAAAUCCAGGCCUUAUUCAAAUCAAUGGCAAAAACUUAUAUCAGCUCUGCUGCACCCAGAAAUCACUUUCAAAAUUUAAGCAAAAUACGUCAGCUUAUUUUAUUUAAAAAACGUUUUCUGUUUGAGUCAUUCCACCAAAACUUGAAAACUAAGAAGUAAUCUAAAUGAAGAUUAGAGGGAAAGGGAAGAUAGUUUGUGAAAGUGUUUUGUUUCAUUUUUAAAUCAUCUUUUAUAUCAUGGGAAAGCAAACAUCUGCAUUAAGCCCACAUGGACAUAGGAAGUCCCACUGCAAAAGAAGUAUUCUCAAAAAAAAAAAAAAGACACAAAAAAUCCUAGCUGCUUAUUUAUCAAAAGAAAUUAUACUACUAAAAAGAGUGAGCAAACCCCAGGCCUAGCCACCCAAGAUGCUGAUAUAAAAAGGGCAACUGCAGUAAUUGCCCUGAGAAUUGGCAUACAAAAAAAAAAAAAAAAAGGGGUCUGUAGAAAGCCUGUUGCCAGUUAGGUCAUUCUGCAGCCAUUCUCACACAACCUCCGAGAGUGUCCCAGAAUAAAACUGAGCUUAUAAAUGAAAC